UACAAAAGAAGAAGAAGCAGAAGCUACUGUUUCCAACCGGACAGUUAUAGAGCAGACACCGGUCUCAUCAUGUCGAGGCACCUUCGCUUCAUCGCAAGAACUGUGAUGGUCCAGGACGGCAACGUUGAUGCGGCGUACAAGACUUUGAACAGGAUUCUAACUCAAGAUGGAAUUAUUGAAACAGUGAAGCGCAAGCGCUACUUCGAGAAGCCCUGCCGAGAACAACAGCGGAAGAACUUUGAGAACUGCAGGCGGAUUUACCACACGGAAAUGGCCAGAAAAAUAGCCUUCAUCUCGAGGACAAACAGAGAGGAUCCAUGGCUCGGCAACUAGGAAAAUAAAGGUGGCGUGAUGAAAGAGGAGGAUAUCAGUUGACUGGGUGUGACGGGGACCAGCAUGUGGAAGACACAAUCAAGAUCAACACCAUGUCACUGUCACACAUAAACGGACUGGGAGAAGAGGCUUUAAUGCUGCUCCAUUGUUUCACAUUCAAUGGAAGUAAAUCUGCCUUUAUUGGCCUGUCAACGUUGGACAAUGUGAAUUUUCCUUUCUAUAACAUAUGGCAGGAGAAGAGCAGUGCUUGCAAUAUGUUAUAGACACUAUUUGUACUUUUUCAUGGUUGUAAUAAGCAGGUUAAUUAAAACUUGUCUGGCAUUUUGUGUAUGAAUCUUCCUUAACGGAUUGCCAAUGGAAAGCUAAUAAAUUUGAGACAAUAUCUAAACCUUA